UGGUACCUCCACAGACGGAACUCAGCAGCCUGAACUGCUUCACCUCUACGCACCUCAUCCGCGGGCUGUGCGUGUAACACACGAAUGAGGUAGCCAAAACAGCUCCGUGAAGUGUGCAGGUUGGAUCUCUUAAGAUCUGCUGCAGCUCCUCUUGUUUCAUCUCCCCUCCCCUCCUCGCUCUGUUCACAUCAAUAUGGCCAGCGGGGAUGAUGAUGACCCCAUUAUAGAAGAGGUCGAUGUUUACCUUGCCAAAAGUCUUGCAGAUAAGCUGUAUCUCUUCCAGUACCCUGUCCGACCAUCCACCAUGACCUAUGAUGACGUCAACCACUUAGCAGCGAGGAUCAAACCCAAGCAGCAGAGGGUGGAGUUGGAGAUGGCAAUCAACACAAUGAGUCCAAACUACUGUCGCAGCAAAGGAGAGCAGAUCGCUCUGAAUGUGGACGGCACAGCGUACGAUGAAACCAACACCUACACAGCGAAAAUGAUGGACAAACAGACCUUUUCCUCCAUUCAGGCCACCACCAACACGUCCAGAUACGCCGCCGCUGUUUUCCGCAAAGGUGAGCUUCACGUCACCCCUCUGACAGGAAUCCUGCAGAUGAGACCCAGCUUCUCGUACCUCGACAAGGCCGACAACAAAACCAGAGAGAGGGAGGCUGCCAAUGAAGGCGGUGAUUCUUCACAGGAUGAAGCUGAGGAGGAAGUCAAGGCCAUAACGGUGAGGUUUGCUCGUCCCGAGUCUGAGCAGGCCCGUCAGAGGAGGAUUCAGUCGUACGAGUUCCUCCAGAAGAAGCAGGCGGAGGAGCCGUGGGCUCACCUGCACUACCACGGAGUCAGGGAUAGUCGCUCCGAGCAUGAAAGGCAGUACCUGUUCUGUCAGUCGGUGGAUGCAUCGGAGAACUCUGAACUGGUCAAAACUCCAAAGGAGUACCUGGCCAUGUUGAUGCCUCCUCUAGCAGAGGAAAAAGUUGUUAAACCUGUUGGUCCCAGUAAUGUACUCUCCAUGGCUCAACUCCGCACUCUGCCGCUCGGAGACCAAGUGAAGACCCUGAUGAAGAACGUCAAAGUGAUGCCGUUCGCUAACCUGAUGGGCCUGCUCGCCUCUGGCACAGACUCGACUGCAGUGCUGCGCUGCAUCCAGCAGGUGGCGCUGCUGGUUCAGGGGAACUGGGUCGUUAAGAGUGAUGUUCUGUAUCCUAAAAACACCUGCAGUCCUCACAGUGGCGUCCCAGCUGAAGUGCUCUGUCGUGGCAGAGACUUUGUGAUGUGGAGAUUCACUCUGGAGCGCUCUGUGAUGAGAAAAGAGAUCACAGCCAUCAUCAAACUUCCUCCAGAGGAUGUUAAAGAGUUCCUGGAGCAUGUCGCUGCUCCUCGAGUCAACCGGGGCUGGGAGUUCCUGCUGCCUACUGAUGCAGACUUCAUUAAGAAACACCCAGAUGUGGCCCACAGGCAGCACAUGCUGUGGCUCGGCAUCCAGAGCAAGUUGGAAAAGGUCUUCAACUGCUCUAAAGAAGAUUUCAUGCCAAAGAAUUCACCUCAGCCUGAGCCGGUUCAAAUAAGCGGGGAGCAGCGUCUAAAGAUGGCUCAGGAACGUGCACAAGACCACCGCUCGUCUUUACAGAAGGACCUGGAUGCAAAAAGGGCGGGAACCGGUGUCCGCAUCAAGCAGGAGCCCGUCGGGGAGGACGAACCCAUGGACACUUCGUCUUCCUCCUCCUCCUCCUCCAUCCCCAACGGCUCCGUCAACGGUUACCCCGCUGGCUCCACCGCCGCUGGCUUCGAUCACACUAACGGCAACGGAGCCAACGCGUCGUCUCUGGAGCUGCAGGACUUUGUGCAAAAGACUUUCAGGAAGCAUUUUGUACUGACGCUGAACGAGUUCAAGAGGCUGCUAAACCUCCACCUGGCCUCCAUGCCGGUGGGUCGGAGCGCCUUCCACUCCAUCUCGGAUCACAUGCUGCAGGAGGCCAUACUGCUCAGCCCGUGCAGACAGAUAUUGGUGCCUUUUCCCGCUCAGAGCAAAGCAGCGUCUGAUGAACAGAAGGUGUUUGGUCUGUGGGAGACGGGAGAGGAUUUCGACAAGCAGCGUCGACUGCUGUACGACCUGUUUACGAAGAACUACCGAGUCCGGAGGAACAUGGUACAGACCAGACUGGCUCAGGACUUUGGCGACGUCUCGAAGGCGGACAUCGACCGGCUGCUCAGUGAGUGCUGCAGCAGCCACGCAGGGAUGUGGUACCUCAAAGGAACAAUACAGUCAUGACGCUGAGAGCCUCCCCCCCCCCCCCGCCACCCUUGUGAUUACCGUCAGCCAAUCAAAUCCUCUCACAGGUGUCCGGUGGGAGGGCAGAGAGACAGAUGUGAGCCAAUCGCAGCUCGCCCUGCAACAGAGGCCGAACGGUUUGGAGAACAAAGCUUCAGAAAGUGAAGCUUGUCCUGGAUGAACAGAAGCAUUUCUGACAGAGAACACGAGCACUCUGAUGCAGCGCGGGAGAAAACAGCUCUUCACACACACACACACACACACACACACACACACGAACACACACGAACACACAAACACAGCUGGAGUGUAUGAAGGGAAAAUAUGAAGAAAAGCGAGAUAUAUUUACGGUUUAUCAAUAGAUUUUUGGAUUUAAGAUCUCAUGUUUGAUUAUUUCUGAAUUCAACUUUUACCACGUCAGGAUGGUGUUUACUAUUGAAAGCAGCCAAUCCUUAAAGUGCUUUAAAUUCACUCCUGGGUGAAGGAAACAUCUUUUACUUUAUCGUAUAUAUAUAUAAAAUAAAAAAAUCAGUUUGAGGCCUUUAAAAAAACUAAGAUGAUUUUGAAUCCUUGUCUGACACAGUUAAAGUGUAAAAGGUCAAACUAGCAUUUCUCCUAUUUUUAAAUACACCAUUCAAAUGGUUGUGCAUGACGUUCAGAUGAUACAUUUAUGUGAUCAAAACAUUUGAAGGCACUUAAAGAGUUGAUGCAACACACAAAAGUCAGCAAACCUAAAAUAUAAAGUGUGGGGAAAAAAAAAUCUCUUUCUCCUGAUAUGCAAUCACUGCUACAUCCAAUGUGGCUCUUCCCAUAUUUACUUACGAUUCAGAUGUGUGACGACUGAAAUAUAAAUCCUGAGGUGAGGUGGAUUUAAGAAAUGGUUUUUCGAGGUGUGUUUCCGGUUGAAUGUAACGAGUUCAUGAUGUUUAUUUUCUUUAGGAGAGAGGCUGAUUUUGAUGAUGGCCAACAAA